GGGAAGUUAACCCUCUGCAGUACGUGUAUAUAGUGGCUUUGUACGCCCCCCACCGACUUCCAUUACACACGUGAGCUUAUGUCGGUACAGCAGCGGUUCAGAUUAAGUGUCUGAUGUGCCACGUGUCUGCUUAUCUUAGAGAACGGUAGAGAGAGAGAAGCUUCGGUCCAGUCAUGACGUGUGACGAGAAGUCGGUGUUUGUUCUGAUGGUGGUUUUGGUCGUUGUAUGUAGCAAUGAUACAGCUAGUGAAGAAGUGGGACCCGUGGUGACGGACAAGGUUUACUUUGACAUUCGGAUGGGAGAUGAAGAGAUAGGACGUAUGGUGAUUGGUUUAUUUGGAGAUGUGGUUCCUAAGACUGUCCUCAACUUUAAAACCCUCGCCGAGGGCACAGUGGUUAGAGACGGAAAAAGAUUAACGUAUGAAGGAGUUCGUUUUCAUCGUAUCAUCAAGGAUUUCAUUGUACAAGGAGGGGAUAUAACUCAAGGAAACGGAUAUGGAGGGAGAAGUAUAUAUGAAAGUGCUAGAUUUCCUGAUGAAAAUUUCCAUCUUGCACAUAACGGGGCUGGAUGGGUCAAUAUGGCACAUCACGGUAAAGACACCAACUCCUCACAGUUCGCCAUUUUUGCCGUUCCCGCUCCAUGGCUGGAUGGCAAACACGUGGUUUUUGGAAAAGUCCUGGCAGGAAUGGACAUAUUUCGGAGGAUGGAGAACGUUCGUACAGAUAGUAACGACCGCCCCCUGGUGGAGAUCACUGUUGCCAGGUGUGGAUCACUCCCUGUUGAUAAACCAUUCCGUGUGGAUUUAAAACCAAGUCCUGAAUGAGGACUAACAUCUGUAUUGAAUAUAGAGCACAAGGUCUACGCCCUUGUCUGCCAGGAAAGAAAUCUAAAAAUGUAAAAA